UGUGCCUGAAAACGUACCGUAUGGGAUAGCGGGGAAUCGAUGACCGGGAAGUUCCACGAUUACAACAGACGCACCAUCCGGAACCACACGACAUGUCAUCGGAACUUGGUAUGCCACCAUCCGGGAGGAAACAAAAAGGUAUCCAACCAUACGCAGGUCUUAUCUCUCAUUGUUUUCUCUCUGAAUUUCGAUCAACGCGUUGCACCAUCUGAAACUGAACAUCUGCCGGAUAUUGAACCCGCAUAUCCCGCCCAUAUUGCCGAACCGGUUUCCUUUUUUUGUUCUCUGUCCCAUUAACCAUUCCCGUCUUGUCCGGGUAAAUAUAACCAAUCGACCCCUCCGUCGAGAGCUUGCGACAUCACGGAGGCCUAGAUAACGACAUAUUAUUUCUUUCAUCUCACGAUGCUCUGCCGAAUCGUGGCUGGCGUUGUCGUAUUUUUAUACGUGGCCGUAUAUCUUAGGAUGCUCAAUCUCUCCCGCGCACAUCCUCGGGUACGCACCUAGAACUAGUAUUUCCCCCCCACCAGAUAGCCGUCGAAUAUAGCUAUAGCUCAUUUUGUUUGCUUUUUCGACGAAAAAAAUCCCCUGGUACUUCACCGCCCUCAUCUUAUAAACACCCCCAAAAAGCCACUCGCAGCUUUCACGCUGUGAAGUUUUUUUUUCAAUCAAAAAUAAUCGUUCUGCUCAUCGACCACCCAGGCGGUUGGUUCGAAGCAAAGAAAUGUCUCCCAAGGUGCGAGAAAACGGCGCCCAGCCCAGGAUGGAUUCCAAGGGCGACAUGAACAAGAUUACCUACGUGGCACCCUCGAUGAUAGAGAGAUUGGUCUACUGUUGGUACAUGUGGGCCAUGAAGGGUUUCAGUGCCCCCUUCAUCUGGUACCGGGACUGGAUGGAGUGGUACUACCCGCCCGAUGGCCGGCCUGAUAUUGUCAAGGCUUAUGAGUGCCGUCCGCAUUUGCCCGUCCGAAUAUUCUUCCCAGCAUCUUAUGACCGGAGCUCGCAAACUAAGCUCCCUGCUUUGGUGGCCAUUCAUGGAGGCGGUUUCUGCUUCGGCACAGCCCGCGAUACAGACGAGUGGGCACGCGCGUUUGCCGAUCAGCACUCUACCUUGGUCGCCUGUCCCUCGUACUCAAAGGCGCCCUGGUCACCUUUUCCUGCAGCUCUCAAUGACAUCGAGGCCAUCUACAAGGCCAUAGUGGCGGACGAGUCUCUCCCAAUCUCCAAGUCGCAGGUCGCCAUCGCAGGCUGGUCUGCAGGCGGCAACCUCGCCAUGGCCGUGUCGCAGAUGCCCAGCAUCCGGGCUCUCUCCCCCGGUGCGCCCAGCGGCGCCAUCACCAUCUACGGCGCCAUGGAUAUGAGCGUGUCGGCAGCCGACAAGGCCAAGACGCGCUGGUACAAGACUCGCCUGCAGCACCCGCGCGGACAGACCGAGGACGGUCUCUUCAAGCUCGCGCCGCUUUGCGACUGGGGCUACAUUCCCUUCGGCACCGACCUGCGCCACCCUCUCCUCAGCCCGGGUUUCGCCGACGAGCGAAACCUGCCGCCGUACGUGUGCGUGGUCGCGGCGGAGCUCGACAUGCUCGCGCACGAGAGCUGGCGGUUCGCGGUGCGGCUGGACAAUGAGCGCUUCCCCGAUCGGCACCGCGACGUGCCGGACCCCAACAGCGACGACCCGGAGCUGGCAGUGGCGGGGCGCAAGGCGCCGAGCCGGCGCAGGGGCAGGCUGGAGGAGGAGGACGGCGGCGACGAUCGGUUCGGGUGGGAGGAUAACGGCGACGGCUUCGGCGUCAAGUGGAUGCUCGUUCCGGACGCGCUGCACGGCUUCGACUGCGCGUCCAUCCGGCUCAUGACGGGCGGGUGGGACGCCGUCAAGGACGCCGAGAUGAAGACAAAGGUUGAAAUCGAGCGGCUGGGACGGUGGUUGCGUACCAAGGUGUGGAAGCUCGAUGAGGAAAAGAAGAGCGCCGAGUCGGAUUGAGUGGUGAAGGUAAUGUUUUAUGUUUUGGGGGUCAACUGAGGUUUUGGUGUCUUUGUUGUUUGGUAGAUGCUGCGAUCUUAGCGGUGCAGUAUUUUGUUUUUGUUUUUGAGUAUUGACCUUCGCAGCAUUGUAGUUGGAGCAAAGCUAUUGGAUGUCAUGACGUGGACCGCGGUGUUCACGUUGGCGGAGCGAUAUUUUAGAGUUGAGAGGAAAAAAAGAGAUAUCACGUUACUCGGCUCAAAUAUACCUCUCUAAAUCAUCAUAUCUGAGCUCUUGGAUAACAAAUUACAU